CACACCGAAGCGGGCCAGUCAGUCUCGCCCCUCCGCUCACAGCAGCAUCGUCCCCGGUCCGGUGGCAGAGAGAGGAUGGUUCAGCGGAACAGCAGCCGGGGAUGCGAAUGACAGUGAGAAGAUAAUGGCCCUCGAUAUACGCAGGUUUCCCAUUGUGCGAUUGGUGAUCAAGUGAAACGACUGUGGCAGGAAAACACAAAACCAUGUUGCUCUAAGUUGUGACCUGCGGUGAACGGCGGAGGCGGAGGGGGAGGAGGGAGGCGCAGGCAGGCGUAAGGGCUUCUGCCACAGCUCCCUUUAGGCGGCCUUUUGCAAGCUUGAAGCCAUGGGCAACACGGCCACCAAGUUCAGGAAGGCCCUGGUGGGCGGCGACGAGGCCCUGGCCUGGCAGCUGUAUGAGGGCAACCCUCAGUUCAGGGACGGCCUGGACCCCAACGCUUCGUACGGAGAGCAGUACCAGCACAACACGGCCCUGCACUACGUCUGCCGCCACGCCAUGACACGCCUGCUCAGGUCUUUCCUGUUCAGUAAAGAGGGGAACCCCAACAAGUGUAACGUGCACAACGAGACGUGCCUCCACGUGCUUUGCCAAGGCCCGCAGAUCCUGCUGCUGCCAGAGGGGGCGCUGUCGCCGCGACUGGCCCGACCGCAGCGGGACGAGCAGCGCCGCGCCGACUGCCUGCAGAUGAUCCUGAGCUGGACCGGCGCCAGGCUCGAUGGAUGCCAGUACGAGAAGGCCAAAGUCAACGCCAGCGAUAAUCACCACAGCACAUGUUUGCACUACGCCGCCGCGGCAGGCAUGAAGAGCUGUGUGGAGCUCUUAAUCCAGAGCGAGGCAGACCUUUUUGUGGAGGAUGAGGACAAGUUGACGCCGUGUGACCACGCGGAGCGGCAUCACCACACCGAGCUGGCCCUCAGCCUGGAGUCGCAGAUGGUUUUCUCCUCCUCUUCAGCUCAGCCGUCAAACACAGACGGUGAAACCAACCUGCUGCAAUUCAAGGAGCCGUAUGAGGGACUGAAGCUGCAGGACCUGCGCAGGCUGAAGGACAUGCUGAUCGUAGAGACGGCAGACAUGCUUCAAGCCCCGCUCUUCACUGCUGAGGCCCUGCUCCGUGCACAUGACUGGGACAGAGAGAAGCUUCUGGAGGCCUGGAUGUCGGACGCCGAGGGCUGCUGCCAGCGCUCAGGUGUGACCAUGCCCACCCCCCCACCCAGCGGGUACAACGCCUGGGACACCCUACCCUCGCCUCGCACCCCCAGGACCCCGCGCUCCCCCCUCACACUCACCCUCACCUCCCCGACCGACAGCUGCCUCUCACCGGGAGAGGAGGGCCUGGCUUCGUGUGGAAUCUGCCUCUGCUCCAUCUCUGUGUUUGAGGAUCCAGUGGACAUGUCCUGUGGACACGAGUUCUGCAGAGCAUGCUGGGAAGGGUUCCUCAACGUGAAGAUUCAGGAGGGCGACGCUCACAAUAUCUUCUGCCCGGCAUAUGAGUGCUACCAGUUGGUGCCGGUGCAUGUGAUAGAGAGUGUCGUUUCCAGAGAGAUGGACCAGAGAUAUCUACAGUUUGACAUCAAGGCAUUUGUGGAGAACAAUCCUGCCAUCCGAUGGUGUCCUGCGGCUCGUUGUGAGCGGGCGGUGCGUCUCACCCGACCGGGCCCCGGGGACAGCGACCCUCACAGUUUCCCCCUGCUGCCCUCCCCAGCUGUGGAUUGUGGCAAGGGUCACCUCUUCUGCUGGGAAUGUCUUGGUGAGGCCCAUGAGCCAUGUGACUGUCAGAUGUGGAGGAACUGGCUCCAGAAGGUCACAGAGAUGAGGCCUGAGGAGUUGGCAGGUGUGAGUGAGGCUUUUGAGGAUGCUGCUAACUGCCUGUGGCUGUUGACCAACUCAAAACCCUGUGCCAACUGCAAGUCUCCCAUUCAGAAGAAUGAGGGCUGCAACCAUAUGCAGUGUGCCAAGUGUAAGUAUGACUUCUGCUGGAUAUGUCUGGAGGAGUGGAAGAAGCACAGCUCGUCGACCGGAGGCUAUUAUCGCUGCACCCGCUAUGAGGUCAUCCAGCAGAUCGAGGAGCAGUCCAAGGAGAUGACUGUGGAGGCAGAAAAGAAGCACAAAAGUUUUCAGGAGCUGGAUCGUUUCAUGCACUAUUAUACUCGCUUCAAGAACCAUGAACACAGUUAUAAGUUGGAGCAGAAACUACUAAAAACAGCUAAAGAGAAGAUGGAGCAGCUGAGCAGAGCCUUCAUCUGCCGUGAAGGCACUCCUCCGGACACACGGUUCAUUGAGGACGGUGUGUGUGAGCUGCUGAAGACACGGCGGGUCCUGAAGUGCUCUUACCCUUAUGGCUUCUUCCUGCAGCCAGGCAGCACCCAGAAAGAGAUAUUUGAGCUCAUGCAGACGGACCUGGAGAUGGUUGUGGAGGAUCUGGCUCAGAAGGUGAACCGGCCGUACCUGAGGACUCCCUGCCACAAGAUCAUCAGCGCGGCCCGUCUGGUGCAGCAGAAGAGGCAGGAGUUCCUGGCGUCAGUGGCCCGAGGCGUCGCUCCCAACGAUUCUCCGGACCCUCCCCGCAGGAAUUACCCUGGAGGAUCAUGGGAUUGGGAGUAUCUCGGCUUUGCUUCACCUGAGAUGGGGAGUCGUCACUCUGUACUGGGAGCGGGAGAUCAAAGAGAGAGACAGUCACAGGAUUACGCUGACAUCCAGUACCGACGCCGACACCGACCGCGGCGCAGAGGAGACAUGCUGAGUCUGCACAACCUGAGGAGCAGCAGCAACACGCCGGAGACGAGCCGGAGGAGCGACAGCACAGAAGGUCCAGAGAGGAGUGAGGGCCGCCGGAGAGCGCUGGGCUCGCUGGAUGAAGACGAUCCGAACAUCCUGCUCGCCAUCCAGCUGUCCCUACAGGAGUCCCGCAGAGAGAGAGGCCUGGAGGGAGGCAUGGAGCUGGGGAGGGUGGAGCUGGGGAGGGUGGAGCUGGGGAGGGUGGAGCUGGGGAGGGUGGAGCUGGAGAGGAGGCCGGGUCACGCAGGAGACUUGGGGGACAUUUCUUUGCACUCCCUCAACACGGACGGUCCUCCAGGAGCCAGAGGCUUCCCCACGUCGCUCCUGGACCCCCCUCGACCCCCUAACAGGACAGACUCCACCUCCCAGCCUCCCGCGUCCAACUCCCUCCCCCUCCCGCCCCCGCCUCCCUGCCUCAGUGCAGAGCUGCUGGAGCUGGGAGACAGCCUUAUGAAACUGGGGAACAUAACCACUCCUUAUGACCUCGACACACACACUCAGGAGCAGCUGUGCUCUCUCCACACAUACACCCACAGCGCUGCUCCCUACAGCGACCCUGCGUACAGCGACUGCAGCCACAGAGCGGAGCUGCCCGCUGCGUACCGGCUCGACCACAUCACCAUCUCAAACCCCGCCUACUGCCACACCAGUGCUUAUUUAUCGGAGGCUGAACGCGCGGCCUCCUGCUCACAUGAACGCUCACAUGAACGCUCACAUGAACGCUCACAUGAACGCGCACAUGCACUCUCACAUGAACGCGCACAUGAACGCGCCCAAAACCCCUCCCGUCCUAGCUCCUGUAGCCGGGAACACGCAGCCUUGUACGACAGCGCCCCAGCACCAGACAGCUCUUACGCCCCGGGCCCUGAACACAGCAGCUCUUACUCUCAGGAGCGUCCCACCACCUACGCUCUUGAACGCCCCAAAUCAGACCCAGUGCCGCCCACCCUGUUGUGCCUCCCGUCUCCAGAGCUCGAGCCGGAGCUGAUGCUCUCCCCGGUGAUCCCUCCGGGGGGGGCGUUCACCCCCAGCGACCCGCAGAGUCUGGAGCCGCUGGACCCCACAGCCAGCGCCCAGCUGCUGGACAACAUCAUGGCCUGGUUCAACAACAACAUCAACCCCCAGAACAACCCGCAGAGCCUCGCCCUCAUCCCCUCUCCGCCCACCACAGAGACAGACUCCUCCCCCGACACACACACUGAGACUGAGUCAGAGGCCUCCAGGGACCCCGCCCCUGUCUGGCUGCCCCUGGAGGGCGGGCCAGUGGACGGGGGCGGGGGGAGUCCUCGUCUGGGUGCUGCGGGAGCGGAGGUCCCGACGACGUCGAGGCCCAGCACUCUGGAGCUCGACAGCAGAGCGACUGGAGAGGAGGGGGUGGACGCAGGGUGUGUGGCUGACCUGUCGCUGGACGAAGCGCACACACACCCGUGCUCACACUCCCAACGUGGAGACAGUCCCGCACACACUGCCCCGGACACAGAGAGAGACUUAGACCUCGUCCUUCAGUUAGAGGGGGAGCAGUCGCCUGAGGAGUGGGAGGAACAAGUGCACCUAGUGUGACAGAACAACGUGGAGAGAGAAGGUUAAGACAAAGAGAGGUGGAAGAAAGUCAAAGACUGCGGAAAACAUGAGAAAUAAUGGCGAUGCCUCAAUGAAAGAUGUUCUUAGGAGUGUUUACUGUGUGUAUUAUACUGUAUCUAGAGAGGACACAAAACCCUGCGGACUUUCUUCAGUUACGAUGAUGUCAUAUGCAGUUUGAUUUCACUUUUUUAUUUUUAAAGUGCUUUUGUCUGCUCUAAAACAGACACACUAUUAGUGUUGAAUUGAAAAGUACAUCAAUGGAAAGCUACUGAUAUCAUAACACAUAAAAUGCUGCACAUGUUUUCUUCCUUUAUUUAUUCCCUGUAGUUUUCUUCUCUGUUUGUUCAGGGUGAAGUUUUGGUGCUGAUCAUGCUGAAAUCCAAACUUGCCUCAUAUUCUCACACCUUUUAUUAUUGUCACACCGACCCAACCACGAGCCUCCUUCAGCCAAAUAUGAUGUAACCUUGGAGCUGGUUGAGCGUACUGUACAAUCAGAGGGCCUGGUUCUGAUGUUUGGACCUUCUUGCACACUGUGCCUGCUUUGUUAGGGAGCCAACACACUGCUGCUGUUUGGUAGGCUGCAAGGAACCAUGAUACACUCGUCUCUGCUUUUUGUUUGAAAGUUGUUGAACCCCCUAUUUGUCUUUAUCACAAAUUACCUUUCAUUCACAGUUCUGUUUUUAACACCUGCUUUGGCUCAGUUUUCAAUGUGUAUAAUUACAAUUAUAUAUUAUAAUGAUUUUUUGCGUCAAAGUUGACAUGGAAUACAUUACGGACAAUUCAGUUUUACAGCAUCAUCAUAUAAAUAUAUUUUUCUAAUUUAAAAAAUAAUUGAUUAAACUAAGAUGCUGUAAUUUAAGUCUAGAGUCUGACACUACAGUGAGUCACAUAUUCAAACGCCUUUUUAUGUUGAAAAGUAAAAUAUAUCAAGUCAGUAAAGACUAAAGAAAUUCUUUGUCAACAGUCUUAUGAUGUUGUCGACUUGUUGAUUAGUUCAUUUAAUCAACAUCUGUAGAAUUGAGUUUUCCAUAGAUAAUCAUGCAAAAGCAACCCUUUUAACCACAGAUGCGUUUAAGAGUCAUUCAGUCUUAAAAAAGCUUUUAUAAAAAUGACUAAACGACAUAUUAAAAAGUGUAAUUGAGAGGAGACGACUACACUUUGUUCAUUGAGCCAAAGCAAUCAGACAAUAUUGUUCAUGGAAACACUCGUCUAGUUGUUUUGAUCAUAUCUAUUCCACUACUGAUGACGAGUACGGUGUGCUGUUUAGAGAUGGGAAAUGGGUUGGGUUUUUACUGUCAUUUAUCCUAUUUUUUUUAAUUUCCUUAUUCCUAAUCAUAGAGAUGAUUUCUUUCCAGUUAAGACCUGAGUCGUUGGGUCUGUGUGCCUUUUUUGUUCGAGUCGUAUUUGUUUAUUUGUUGGUAUUUAUUAGUGUCAUUACUUUUGAAACAUGCUAAACACACCACUGUGGCUGCUGCCGUACACUGAGAUGCACAUUCGUUUUAUUUAUCCUCAAACCUGAGAUUUAUUAUAUUUUACCUUAUCCCCGGAGAAAAACUGCUAUGACACUAAGUCAAAUUAUUUCAGAGUUUCCCCUAGAUUUAACAAAUCCUUUGAUCUCAACGUUGUUCAAAUGUAGUUAGCCUUUGACUUUUCUUGAAAAGCCAAGUAGCACUCUGAGACCUGGGUUGUCACUUUAAACUUCUAUCUUAAAACUUUAUUGCCCAACUGUAAUGUUUACACGAGAACUAAACACUGCCUGUUGUGUUGAGAUAUGAUCUGGUGCUCUUGGGACUGAAAUGAAAAUGGAGUGUUUUUAAUCAUACUUUCACGGCAGGACACGCUUAUGUAAAGAUAUCCUGAUUUUGUUGAAAACAGAGUGUGAUAUGCAAUCAAAAAGGCAUAACUUAUAAUGGAGAGUUUGAGUUUUAAGCUUGUUUGAGGUCUGGAGUGCUCCAUGACGUGACACAAAACCCUAAAAUAUCACCUUUUCCUCUCUAAACUGUGAAGGUGUUGACAGAGACAUUUCAUUAUGUGAGGAGAGCUGGUGUCACCCAGAACAUUUCAACAUUGUUUCCCGAGGAAUGGUUUAAUCAACAUUUAUUUUAGGUUGCAUUGUUGCACCAGGAUACACAUUGGAAGAGACUGGGGUCUUUUAAUUUGCACAGGCAUGCUGUCGAUGUGUUGCACUAAUCCAGUGCAAGAUGUGGAGGACUGAUGAGGGUGGCUUUUAUUAUUAUGAUGAUAUUUUCCUUUUAAAUUUUCUUGAUUUAAGAAUUGGAUGUAUGGGGUCAAGGGAAUGGUCCUGUGCCAUUUUGUACUCCAUAAAUAAUGUUUAUAUUUUAAAGAUUCCUCAACCAACCACUACAGAGUUUGAAAAAAAGAAAUUGCACUUCAUAGAUUAUACUUGAUACAUUCCCAGUCAGUCCAUAAGAGAGGUUUGAUGUGUGGCCAAAACUGUAAAUGAAAGUGUCAGUGCAAAGUUUACUCUCAAUAAAAACAACUGAAAGUGU